AUGUCUGACCUGUCAAGGACUGUUGCUCAGGAGCAGCUCGUGUCCCAGGACCUGCACCUCUCGCCAACGCCGGUGAUCAACCUUGGGCACCUCAGCCUUGACUCUGUGACACGAUCUGGCAUGGUCGACCAAAUCGCCAACGCAUGCCAUGAUCUAGGGUACUUCCAGGUUAUAAACCAUGGGAUCAGUCAACCUGUCAUGGAUUGUGCUGUUGAAGCAGCUUCAGAUUUCUUCAAACUACCAAGUGAGACAAAGGAAGAGUUUGCAUCAGAGGACCUCCGCCAACCUGUUAGAUAUGACACCAGCUCAAAAGAUAGCAUUAGCAUGUCACGGGCAUUCCUAAAGCAUUAUGCCCAUCCACUCAGUGAUUGGGUUCAAUAUUGGCCAGAGAAACCACCAAUCUACAGGGAAUACAUAGGAAAGUAUGCUGUUGAAGUAAGGAGGGUGGCUUUGCAACUGAUGCAAGCAAUACUAGAAGGCCUAGGAUUGGGUAAGGAAUACCUGAAUGGGAAAUUUCAAGAAGGUUCACAACUAUUGUCAGUGAACUGCUACCCUAAAGCGUCACAAGAUGCCAUGGCUAUAGGGCUGGCACCACACUCUGAUUAUGGAUUUCUUACCAUCUUGCUCACAAGUUGUCGGGGCCUUGAAGUCCUUGACCGCAGCAGCAACAGCUGGAAAACAGCCCAGCGACUUCCGCAUGCAUUGCAUGUCCAUGUAGGAGACCACAUGGAAGUCCUGAGCAAUGGGCAAAUCAAAACAGUUGUGCACCGUGCUGUUUUGAAUCCUGAAGAAUCAAGGAUUUCUAUAGCAAGCAUUCAUGGUUUUGAAGUACAUGAGAAGGUCGCCUGUGCCAAGGAGCUUGUGGAUGAACAAAAUCCCCAAAAAUACAAAGAGAGCAGCUUUAGUGACUUCCUCGACUAUCUCACAGCUAAUAUGGACAACAAGCACAGGAAUUUUCUUGAAAGCCUCAGAAUGUUAACUGGUGCUAUGAUAUUUGAGAAGGCAGAUCGAGCUAAGGUUUACUGUCACAUGUUUAAAUACUGA